UAACUCGGUUAUCGGGACGAAUUGAAUUAACUUCACACGCGCGCUGCCGGGCCCGUCUCCGCUCCCUUGCGCGGGGCCGCAGGUGGGGCCGCCGGGGAGAGGGGUCGGGACCUCGGGGCUGGCCCGGUGCGGUGCGUACAGACCGGGGGUCUGGGCUGGACCCGGGCGGGAUGGGGACUCCGGCGAGGGGUCCUCGCGCAGCCCCGCCCUGAGCCUCCGGAGCCCUCCGAAGGCAGCGGGUACCUUUUGGGGCGGAGGUGGGGUCGGGGGCAGCGGGGGCGGGGUCUGGGCCGUCGAGGCCCCGCCCCCGGAUCUCGCCCCGCCCCCUCGGCGGGGUCCUGCGCGUUAAAAGGCACGCGGGCCGCGCGGGGCGGCACUGGCCCAGCUGCACCGGGUGGAGCGCGGCCGCGACGGGGCGGGCGGGCGGGCUCGCGGGUGUCCAGAGCCGGACUCGGGUCCUUCCUCGGCGCCGGGCACUCCAACUCCCACCCCGACCCGCACCCGGCCCGGGACCCCGACCCCGACUUUGCCCGGUCCGGCCCGGCCCCCGUCCUCGCCCCCACCCCCCGAGCCGAUGGACUACUCCUACCUCAAUUCGUACGACUCCUGCGUGGCGGCCAUGGAGGCGUCCGCCUACGGCGACUUCGGCGCCUGCAGCCAGCCCGGGGGCUUCCAGUACAGCCCGCUCCGGCCCGCCUUCCCCGCCGCCGGGCCGCCCUGCCCCGCGCUCGGCUCCUCCAACUGCGCGCUCGGCGCCCUCCGCGACCACCAGCCCGCGCCCUACUCGGCAGUGCCCUACAAGUUCUUCCCGGAGCCGUCGGGCCUGCACGAGAAGCGGAAACAGCGGCGCAUCCGCACCACGUUCACCAGCGCGCAGCUCAAGGAGCUGGAGCGCGUCUUCGCGGAGACCCACUACCCCGACAUCUACACGCGGGAGGAGCUGGCGCUCAAGAUCGACCUCACCGAGGCCCGCGUGCAGGUCUGGUUCCAGAACCGCCGGGCCAAGUUCCGGAAGCAGGAGCGCGCGGCCAGCGCCAAGGGCGCGGCGGGCACGGCGGGCGCCAAGAAGGGCGAGGCGCGCUGCUCGUCCGAGGACGACGACUCCAAGGAGUCCACGUGCAGCCCCACGCCCGACAGCACCGCGUCGCUGCCGCCGCCGCCCGCGCCCGGCCUGGCCAGCCCGCGCCUGAGCCCCAGCCCGCUGCCCGCUGCGCUGGGCUCGGGGCCCGGGCCGGGGCCGCAGCCGCUCAAGGGCCCCCUGUGGGCCGGCGUGGCGGGCGGCGGGGGCGGCGGGCCCGGCGCGGGCGCCGCGGAGCUGCUCAAGGCUUGGCAGCCCGCAGAGCCGGGGCCCGGGCCCUUCUCCGGGGUCCUGUCCUCCUUCCACCGCAAGCCCGGCCCCACCCUGAAGACCAAUCUCUUCUAGCCGCCGGACUAUGGAGGCUCCGGGCCUGGCCCCAGAGACGCCCCAGCCCCUCCGAGACCCGACAGAGCCCCUCCCCGUCCCGGCCGCUUUCCUGGAAGGUCCCUCCCCUCCUCCCCCCACUGUGUCUGACCCCUAGGAGUCCCCUCCCUAGUUUUGGAGACAAAGUCAGAGCCACUCUUGUCCUCACCUACGCCCACCCAGCAGAGUGGGAUGCUUUUCCCUGGGACCCCCUCCCCCCCACUAGGAGAGCCCAGAGUCGCGUCUAGCUGGGCUUUCUUCCGAACGGGGAUCAAACACCUGCCGGUUCCUAACGGUUCCAACGUGAGGGUCCUCCGGGAGGACCAGCCGGCCCCUCCCCUCUGCCGCAGGCUGGGCCAUUCCCCGCCGCGUGGUGACCAGCCAGCUGCCCCCCCCCUCAGGCUCACCAUAAUCAGCAGCCUGAAGGGUCCCACCGAUUUGUCCCCCAGCGUUUCCUCCCGUCUGGCAACCAGCCUGGCCCGGAGGGUAGGCCCUCAGAGGAGUGGAGGGGCUGCCAGGCCAAUGGGACAGAGAGGUUUCCUCUGGAUUUUUGUUUUGUUUUAUUGUUGGUCUUUUCUUUUGAGAAACUUGUAAUUUAUUGAGGUGAGUUUUGCUUAAUCCAAAUAAAACUUAAUUUAUUGAA